CUCAACCACUGCGCCACCAGGGAAGGCCCCACAUGCAUUUUUUGAAUGCCAUUUACAGUCAAAACACUUUCACAUAUGAUAGCUCAUCUCUGAAAGCUCAUAACUAAAAGGAGGGAAGGCAGUAUUCUACUUUGAGUUGUAGAAUUUGAGAUCUGAAAAGUUAAGAUGCUCUAACUUAAAAAAAAAUCACAGGAAAAAAAGUUAAGGGAGAAGAUUGUGAGCAGGGAAAUUGCUACUGUUUCUCGACUGGCUGGUUUUAGGUGCUCAACAAAUCUUUACUAUGUUGGAUUGAAAUGGUAAUUUGGACUGACAUGCUGGCAUUCCUAACUCAGACUCUGAGCACCCAGAUCAUUUGACUUAAAGCUUCACUAAUGGGAAACCAAUACCCCCUGUCCUGCUUUAUUUUCCCCACACUAUUUUAAAACAUAAAGAAAGAAUCAAGGUACACAGACUAUUGGCUCCAGUUGACUAUUGGGAAGGGAUGUGAAAGACAUUGUAUUUCUUUUUCUGAUGUCAUAUAUUGCAUAUAAUAUUCUACCAAGGGUAAAGGGAAAAUGGAGCAGAACUAAGAAUCUAUUCCAAGGGAAGAUUCACAUUUACUGAGGAAAACAUAUUGUCUAUACUUGGUCUGAAAAGUAUAUGAGAACACUUGGUCUGAAAAGUAUAUUUACGAGACAAUAAAAGAAGAAUGUUUAGAAUUAGCGGUGACAUCAGUGGUCUGGUCAGCUCACUGAAAAGGGUCAUUAAAAAUGUGAGACUUUACUUCUUCAUUAAAUUGCUAUGGCUGUCCAACUUCCUUAUGGUUCCAAAAAUAAAAAUGAAAACUCUCAAAGCCUACUUUCCCCCCGCACCUCCAUUUCUUUAAGAAACAGAGGGUACAAUUAAAUCUCAGGGGGCCUUUGAAUGAGGAACACUCAAGGACUUGUUCCAGUGCUUACCUAUAUCAUGAGAACAUUACAGAGGCAUCUGCACUACUAGAAAUCUUUUCAAUCAGUAAAGAUCCCAAGGCUUCCCCAAGUGACACCCUGGUUUACACUGUGACAUUCCUUGCUGUACUUAGAAGGACUCUCUCAUCCCAGGCAUCCAGAAUCUUUUUACCCUCAGUCCCCACCUGCAGAGAUGCCUUUUUCUAACUGUGAAAACAGUGCAUGUCAUUUUAACACUCCUCCAUUCCACAUAAACAUGGAGAAGGAAUACAGGCAGGGAGGGACGCUCACUGAUAGAAUGGACAAAAAGCAACAAGUAGUAUUUUAUUUGUGAAAGUAGCUGCAUAUUUCAUCUUUGAAGGGCUACUCAGGUAUAAUGUAUCCCAGGGUUUAUAACAGCUUAUACAUAUAAAGAGAUCAAUGGCUUAUUAAACGCUGCCUAUCAGAGAACCACACUUGAAAUAUCCAUCAAUAAAGAUUAUGGAGAAAGAAAAAUAAAGAAUUGAAUAUUAUAAAAAACAAGUGGAAAAUUCAACAGUUAUUGUAUGCUGUCCUUUAAAACAUUUUUACUCAUUGUCUCUAACAACAGAAACGUCUGAGGGCUGGUGAGUAGGAGGGAGGAAAAUUGUGUCUGACAUAUUAAGAAUUCAGUAGCUCAAUAACCCACAGGAGAGCUUAAAGCAAAAGAGUAGGUCAACUGUUAAGACAGUCACCAAUUAAUCUGUUGACAAAACAUGGGAAUAGGAGACCUAUAGCUGGAUUUCCCAGCGCUGGAAGUUUCUUCUUGAUGUUAAGUUCCCAAAGCCAUACUAAUUCCUAUUGAGCAAACAGAAGGAAAAAGUAUCAGUCUCAAAUUAAACCUCCCAUAAUGCAAGGGGAAAUAACACAUGACCCUUUAUCCUUACCGAAUGUGAGGAGGAAUACAGUAGGUUGUCUGAUUCUAGCUUCAGAGAACUUGAGAGCGCUGAGAAAGGCUGAGCUUUUCAAAGGAAAAAGCUAUGCUCAGCUCUUUUCUGUCACUCUGACAUCAGCCUCUUAUGCCCACAUAGCCCUGAGCCCUCUUAUUCCUAAAUGGUUUCCUUCUAUCUAAUGUCUACAGUCCCAGAGGCUGAUGGUUCAGAUAAACUAUGUGCCAAAUCUUGGCAGCUGUGUCUCUUCUUUGUGGGAAGGUCAAAGUAGUACUUUACAAAAUCCAAAGGACACAAAAUAUUACUAAUGCACACAUGUGUUUAGAGAGGACUACAAGAUAAAACUCCUAGGCAUACACACAGAAGACUUCCAUAACUUGUACCAUACUUACUUUUUUAGGGUCAUUACCCAUCUCCCCUCUCCUCCCACUAGCGUGUAUUCAGUCUUCAUUGCCUCUAUGCCUUUGCACAUGCUGUUCCUUCUUGUCCUUUCUCACCUUCUCUGAUGGAAAACUCAUUCAUCCUUGAGAAUACUUAAGCUUCUCAGGAAAACAACUUGCAACAACUACAGGGAAAUUAGUCACUUCUUCCUCUGUGCUUUUUGUAAGCCUCUGUUAAUAUGACUAUUAUAACGCCUAUUAUAUUAUAUUCCAAUUUAUAUGUCAAAUUUCAGGGCAAGGAUCAUGUCUCAAUCAUUUAGUGAUUAACACAGCCUCCGGCAGAUACCUAGUAUAUACUCAAUGCAUUUUUUGAAUGAAUAAGCUUUGUCUGUUUUCUUCAUUUUUCUGUAAAACUAGUUUAAUAAUGUGGUUAUCUUCAAUAUGGCAGUUUAUUUUUAAAUAAUUGUAAUAAGAGGAAGACAGUGAAAACAGUGUGCAUUACUCCUGGAAGGCUGUCAGUUAUACCGAACUUACCCAAAGAAGUGGGAAAAAUCUCCAAAUUAAAAUGUUAAACAUGGCUUUAUAAUAACAAUCAAAAAAUGUGUUUAUAAAACCAUUUAUUUUUCCAGUUCUUCUACUUCUUAACAGAGCGUAAGAAAAAAUGGUACACAAACAUCAGGUUUCGACUUUGCAUCAGAAGAGGUCUUUUAAAGGAUCAAAACAAUAGAUUUUUUUUUUAGUCGAAAGGGACCUCUUGGUUAUCUAGUUCAACUCUCUGCUCUGUAUGAAUCUCUAUGAUAUCUCUGAUAGAUGCUCACCCAGCUUCUACUUGAACACUUCCAGUGAUCGGGAACUCACUACUUAGGAAGGUAAUUGAUUCUUUAUUUUGACAAUUACGAUAUCCAAGUUGAGCCCAAAUCUGCCUCCUUGUAAUCUUUAGCCAUUGGACUCAGUCCUUCCUUCUUAAACCACAGAAGAUAUUCCUUCUUCCUUGUAGAAGCCCUAUAAAGAAUUAAAAACAGCUACAUCAUCAUCCCAAGUCUUUUCUUUUCCAGACUUUUCCAGUUUGAUUCAACUCCUUCUGAUAUGUCAUGUUUAUCAACAUUUUCACCAACCUGGUUCAUAUCCUCCAGGCACGUUGCAGUUUGUCUCUAAGACUUCUGAAACGGAGCCUGGAACACUACUCCAAAUGAGAUUUGCUCAGUGUAGAGGAUUCCUCAGAACAGCACUAACACAUAUCUUUCAUUCUAGCCUCUGUACAGGUAUUUGAAAUUUGGACUGGCUCUCACUUGAUGUAGAGUCAAAGCUUGGCAAGAGUUAGCAGGAAAGAGGAUAACAUGAAGCCUGGGUAGGAGCAGAGCUAAGAGAACUAAUCCAAUUCUGGGGCUUUAGUUGGGAGGCAAGCUGCCUAAACGAACCCUAGAUAUACCAAGGGGAUUCAAGGGGUUUUGAUCAAUAGAUGGGGACAAGGCUGUAGCAAUAUUUGAAAUUAGACAGGUGGUAGCAUCUUGCCUCUAUUAGGUUUUGGAGCAGGCCCUCCAUCACCAGGUGGGGAACAUGAGAAAAAAGACCCAACUCCUGGCAAAGAGUCUGGAAAGGGUUAGGCAAAUUAGAGUCAGGGAGACUGGGGUUCAAAGAAGGGCUACAUUUCUAAGGGGAAACUGAGGUAGUAAGAAUUAAAAUAGCUCUGGAAUCAUAAAGACCUUUGUUGAACUCCAUCUUCUUCAUUUUCCAAACCUCAGUUUCCUCAUGUGAAGAUAAUAGUAUUUACUUUAAAGGAUUGCUGUGAAGACUUAGUGGGAUGAUAUAUGUAAAGUCUGGCAUAUAGUUACUGCUUUUCAAAUGUUUUUAUUGCAAAUUAAAAUAAAAAGAGAUAAAAUGUAAGUUAAAUGAAUUUUAAAAUAAUUUCACCUUUGAAGCCUUUCAAAUUAAUUAUGUACUAAGAGCAUAUUCUCAAAACAUUUUUAACACUUCCUUUAAGAAAAGCACUAUACCUAUUUUUUUGAAAGAUGAUCAGGAAUGAUAUGGAUUGGUUGAAUAUGGCUUGUAAAGUAAGCAUAAUGUAAUAUGAUUCAUUAUAAUCCUCAUAAUAGUUGUGCCAAUAUUAUGGUUAUAAGAAAUAUACUUAUUUUCAGAUUUUACUUUCAAAUAAGUGAUGACUUUGCCAUAAAUCUCUGAAGUCAGUCUUUUUUGUAAUAUAAAUUCACUAAUCCAGUCAGAAUUACAAUUCACUAUUUGUUAGAAAUCUUUGCAUAAAUCCUUUUCCCAGCCCCACACUGUUUUCCUUUUAAUAUCCAAUUAUCUAAAAUUUAAGAGGAAUGAGCACCGCCCCAUGGGAGUGUGUGUGCUGCUCUGAUCCUAUAGUUAAAAUUCAGAGAAUUGGGAGUGACGUCAUCCGUAACAAUAAAAAAGCUUCUCUUGUGAAGAUGAUGUCUGCAAAAGACAUGGUUAAAGUAAUGGUUGUCAUGUUCGUGGUUUGUUUUCUUGCAAGAUCAGAAGGGAAGUCUGUUAAGAAGAGAUCUGUGAGUGAAAUACAGCUUAUGCAUAACCUGGGCAAGCAUCUGAGCUCCAUGGAAAGAGUGGAAUGGCUGCGUAAGAAGUUGCAGGAUGUGCACAACUUUGUUGCUCUCGGAACUUCUAUAGCUUACAGAGAUGGUAGUUCCCAGAGACCCCGAAAAAAGGAAGACAAUGUCCUGGUUGAGAGCCAUCAAAAAAGUCUUGGAGAAGCAGACAAAGCUGAUGUGGAUGUAUUAAUUAAAGCUAAACCCCAGUGAAAACAGAUACGAUCAGAGCACUGCUCUAGACAGCAUAGGGCAACAACAUUACAUGCUGCUAAUGUUUUCAAGCUCUAUUAAGAUUAAGUGCCAAUAUUUCUAAUAUUACCAAACUUUAUGUGUAAUCUAUUGCUAACUGUGGUAGCAGCAAUUUUAAUUGAUUAUUUUGAUUUUACUUUUAUUCAUCUAAGAGCUCUUUUAAUAAUUCUAUUUCUAUUGCUUCUAAAUAAAUGAAGUUAAGUAUUUCUUCCCUGUU